AUGGUUCAGGUCACGCAACUCAAGAUCGCCGUCCUAGAUGACUACCAGGGCCUCUCGGAACCCCACUUCAGCAAGCUGGAUAAGUCAUUGUUCAAUGUCACCCAAUUUAAGGACACCCUGCUGCCCUACAAUCAUCCCGAGACCCCUGAAUACGCCAAGGAUGCAUUGGUCUCGAGGCUGGAGCCUUUCGAUGUUCUAUGUACCAUGAGGGAACGCACCCCGUUUCCCAAAGACCUCAUCGGAAGACUGCCCAACCUCAAGCUUCUUCUCUCCACAGGUCUGCGUAACAACAGCCUCGACCUCCCCGCCUUCAAGGACCGCGGCAUCCCCGUCGCUGGUACCGUGGACAAGGCAACAGUCAAGCAGGCUGGCACGAAUAGCACAACUCAGCACUGUGUGACUCUCGUCCUCUCGCUGGCACGAAACAUUGCUGCCGACGACCUGGCUGUCAAGUCCGGUUUGUGGCAGACGGACGUUGCUAUAGGCAUGACUGGCAAGACGUUUGGUGUUGUUGGACUCGGCCGUCUCGGAGUCUCGACGGCAAAGAUCAUGCACUUGGCGUUUGGUAUGAAUAUCAUUGCUUGGAGCACGAAUCUGACACAGGAAGCUGCCAACGAGAAGGCCAAGGCUGAGGGCUUGCCGGUGGGCACCUUCAGGGCUGUCAGCAGAGAGGAACUCUUCAGCACUGCUGACGUUCUCAGCGUCCACAUUGUACUGUCAGACCGAUCUCGGGGACUGAUCAAUGCGGAUGAUCUCUCCAAGAUGAAGAAGUCGGCGUUGUUCAUCAACACUUCCCGCGGUCCCCUCGUAGUAGAGGAGGAUCUCCUGGACGUCUUGAAGAAGGGCGGGAUCAGGGGCUGUGCCUUGGACGUGUUCAACCUCGAGCCGUUGCCUGUGGACAGUGAGUGGCGGUCGACCGAAUGGGGUCGUGAUGGUCGCAGCAGGGUGCUUCUGACACCACACAUGGGUUACGUCGAGGAGAGUACCUUGAACGCGUGGUAUGAGCAACAGGCGGGUAACAUCAGAAGGUGGCAGGCAGGCGAUGCUCUUGACAAUGUUCUGGCUUGA